UGUGUGUAUAUGUAUUAUAUAUAUUUGUGCUGUUUAGACGCGACUGAAAAAAUGGAUGCAAUAUUAAGUUCGAAUACAGCGUGGGAAAGACUGACGGGUCCUGAUAUAGAUGACAUGAAAGUCACUGAAUGCGCAGAUGCCUUUCUCACACUGCUCACCACGAUUUCUGAUAGAUAUAAACAUUUGCCACAGCCUGGACAUAGAUUACAGUUUCUCGACUUGCAAUUAGAAUUGGUUGACGAUUGGCGAGUACGAUUGUUACAAUUGCUACAUGAAAAUUAUGAAGAUCCAUUAACGUCGCUUAUGCCAUAUAUUCUCAAUACAUUACAUUAUGUCGCAACCGUUUUGGAAGAAUGGGGCGUGACUGUUCACUUCUUGCAGCUGCAUUUCUUCAAGAAGCAAUUCGAAGCUGUGGAAAAUGCUAUUGACAGAGGCAGCGACGUUAACGAGAACACCGGAGAAAUAGAGGGAACUGUAUUUGACGAAGCUGUAGUUCUCUUACGACGAUUAGAGAAGCAACUGAUAAAUGAAAUCAGCGAUUCAGUUGCUUUAGAUGUAAAGGCAAAAAGUAGAGCUUACAGGACGGAUAAAUGGUUUGCGAUGCAGUCUUCAAAAGAAGUUGCUUCAUUAUCAGUAACACCGAGUGGUUGUCCCAUGUUCCAAGAACUAGCUACGCGUCUUCAUACAUUGCACAGUGUUCUUGCAUUGCCGUUGUUUAAUCAAGCUUGGAAGAAUUUAGCCGCUCAAUUUGAUCAAUUUCUCUUCGAAGAAGUUGUACUUGUAAAUCAUUUCAAUAGCGGCGGUGCCGAACAAUUACAAUACGAUAUUUUGAGGAACUUAUUUCCAUUAUUUGGUUUGUACAUUGACAAACCAGAAUCGUACUUUCCUUUAAUCAAGGAAGCAUGUAUACUUUUAAAUGUCUUGACGGGUUCAGUAAUAUUGCUUGAAGAAGCGCUAAAUAAUAAUGACAAAAAUGCAUCGACAGAGAUCUUAGCGGAUGUUGGAGUACACAAAAUGCCUACUAAACUUGCUCUAAAAGUAAUAGCGACAAGGACAGACAUUAUCCAUAUAUAAGAGAUCUUUCUCUUGAAUAUAUUCUAUAAAAAUGAAAUUUAUUUUAAUAGAUUUUUCGCGCUUUCCGUUAAAUUAGAUAUACUUUUCUAUUCUUUCCCAUUAUUAUAUUUAAUAAUGUCCAGUCAUUUUGCGCUGCUCUGUAAAUAGCGUCUGAAGCGUUCUUAACAUAGUAGUGUUAUUCCACCAUUGUCAGCGCCUAAUAAUAAUAAUCGAUUGAGAGGAAGGACAGCCAUGGCAGUAAGAAUGCCUUUAAAAGCGUCAGAUCUCAAUUUCGAUGAACUUAAUGAAGCAGUCAUUUCUAUAGCGGUAUAGACACCAAUUCGAUUUGCUGUUGUUCCUAUCACUAAUACCUGUUCGUGCAUUGCCAUGCAAUGAACAGGCUCUGUUGCGCCUCUAAAAAUUAAUGAAGGAUAAUUUAUGUAAAUUAUAUUUUGUAUGUCUAAUUUCAAAUAACAUUACAGGUUUUUCUUACUUCAUAUGAAA